AGCCGCACAACACCAAACAAGACCACAUACAGCGUUCGUCUUGUUUUCAACACAAAACAAAUACGGAAAGAUUUUAAAUUUGGUGGCUAAUUUAAUUUCGUCACUUCCAUCGGUUUUACAGCCAUCGCAAUGGGCGAGAACAAACAUCAUGAGUAUUAUUUCGGUAAUUUACCAAAGUCUGCUUCGGUCGAAGAUUUCCGGAGUUUUCUAAGCGAUUACGGAAAGAUAUCCAAUUUCGAAUACCGACUGCACAAGUGUACAUAUUGCCCAACGAAGUUCGCGUUCAUACAGUUCGCCGAAAGACUUGAUGAUGAGAUGGUUAAAAAAUUGAACGAGACCACUUUUCAGCAAAAGCGACUAUUUGUCGCUAGUACGAGGUCAGCAAAGUUCUUUACCCCACAGCAGUCAGUUGUGGUCCGAUAUCUUAAUGAGCAUAUCACAGAGGAAGAUCUGUACAACUAUUUCGACGAUGCCGGAACCAUUGAAUGCGUGCAGAAACCUUCGCAUAACUACGCGUAUGUGGCGUUUAAGGAUAAUGCCUCCAUCAGGCGCGCUAUGGAGAUGAAGAAGACGCUUAAAGGCAUUGAACCGUAUGUAGUUGAUGUAAGACGAAGAAUUAGCAUGUUUCUGGAGCAGAAAAAACCGGUGGCAUAUGUGCAAAUGAAGGAGAAAUGCGACAAAUUGAAUCUAGUUUAUGAUCCGGCAGCUGAACAUGAAACUACUUUGCUAGUGACCAACAUCCCUAGAGACACCGAGGAAGAUGAUGUUAUAGAGUUUUUGGCCAGGUUUGGGAAGAUUAUUGACUGGUCAAUGAAAAAAUCGGCCACCUGUGUAAUGUCGAAUAUUGCUUACGUGACCUACCAGCACCCGAAGAUGGCUCGUGCAGCUUUCCUGAACGGGCCUUUAAAUUUCCAGGGUUUUGGAAUGGAGGUUUACAACAGACUACUGGGGUACACCUCGAAUGAUUCGAACAAAACCGUCAUCAUUCGGCGUACCAGUGUGUAUUUAACUAACGACGAAAUAUUUGAAUCAUGUUCUGAACAUGGACGUGUUGAGUAUAUACAACGGAUAGAUUCCAACAAUUACAAUACAAUAGUUCGCCUUGAUACGGCAAAUGCGGCAAAUAGAGUGAUGGACACGCGUCACAUUGCUGGGGAAGAGGUGGUGAUCCGAAUGUACACAGCAAAGCAGUACGUUAGUCCCACGUGUACUCCUCAUUAUGCGGAGACACGCGUGCCUCCGAAGAGAUCGCGCAAAGAAUCCAUCUUACUGCAUAUUAGCGAUGUAGAAGAACGUAAGAACAUGUCACUACUGCCCACAACUUUCAAUCCGCUGUACUUUAAUCCAAAUCCACAGUACUAUCGGAACGAAGUCCAGGUGUGGAACUAUGCACCGAAGCAAGGUUUGGUAGAAUUCAGAGAAUUUUUCAAAAAGUAUGGAACCGUAAUUAAUAUGCGCGAACAAAAGGAACACAACACAUCCUCGAUUGGUGUCGUUUACCUUAGCUUUGAAACUAAGCUGGAAGCGAAACGGAUUUGCAAGCUAAAUCAUUCAUUCAUGUGCUCUAGACGGCUCUUGAUUAUGAUGGCCGAUGAGUGUAUUGAAUAUGAUUCGAAGUUGUGCGUUAAAGUUGUCCACCUUACGGAAGAAAUUACCGAUGAAGAUAUGUACGAUAGGUUCACAAUGAUAGGGGAUGUGAAGUACAUAUUUCGGCCCAAGCGCAACGAAGCAAUCGUUUGCAUGGCCAAGGAAAAAUGGCGAGCACGUGCAAUGAAAGUGAUAUGCGUUGGUCGUUUUCCUGUUGUUGUAACAUCUCUGAGAGGUUCCAACAAUGCAGAGCAGCAACCUGUUGUCUCGGGAACGUUACAAUACCCUGCACCUAACCCGAAUAUGGGAGCCAGAACUUUACCGGUACCAGCCAAUAAUCAAUGGUAUGGAGCUGUGCCAAACUAUCCCAUGGGGCCAAUGCCAAUGGGACCAAUACCAAUGGGACCGAUGGGUUUGGGUCCCGGAAGCUGGAUGUCAGACCCAAUACGCUCCCAUAUGCCCAUGCCAAUGUCGGCUGCAAUUAUGAGACCGGCCGGACCACCAAUGCCAAUGGGUCCAAUGCAAAGGGGAAAUCAAGAGAUAAGCCCACGCAUGCGAGGCCUUAUGCAAACCGUGGAAGCCCAGAUGAUAAAGUGUAAAAAUUUCACUACACUGCCCAUGAUGGACCAAUUUAAUUUGGUUCGUGACAUUGUAAAUCAGUGCAUAAGCUUUCCUUACUUUUUGUCAAUGGACGGUGAUGAAAAAGUCCGAUACCUUAAAAACGAACCGACUGGUUUUCGGCAGUUGAACAUUUUUACGCUCUUCACGUACCCGGAGCAGCUGCAGAUGCUUUCCAUCAUUGAAGCCUACUACCGUAGCACAAGUGAACCGGGGAGUCUUCCGCCACCGGCCGACAGCGCAAACCCGAUGGAAUCCGCUGGAAUGCAACCUAACACAACGGUAGUGCUGCCAACUGAUUCUAACGAGUGGACAACCACAACAACAGUAUCGACAAUCACGGAAAUUCAGCAAGCAGUACCAAAUGAUAAGGAUGCCGACGAAGACGACGAUUCCAUUCCGCCCGCCCCAUCACCGCCACCGUUAUCACUUCACUCUAGAUCCCCAACGCCGAACGGUGACGAUAUGUGGAUUUCUUCCAGCGGUUCAAUUAAUGGUUCAGUUCAGCAAAAGUUGAUCGAAAGUUUUGCAGCGAACAGUUCUAAAAGAAAGCGUUCAAAAAAUCAGUUAGAUCCCAAUUGUAGCCAGUUAGAAAAACCAUUGGUACAGGUUGCUAAUCUUCCGAAGGAGAUUACCAAGAGUGAAAUUGAGGAGUUAUUUAGUAAGCAUGGCAAAAUUAAAAUAGUAACCUUUGCAAAAUCGGAGUGUCCUGAUACGAACACCAUGAUCAUUAUCUUUGAAACGAUGUACCAAGCAUAUAUGUCGUUGAAGCUAAAUUUAACGAAGCUGCAGGGACGGCUGAUACGAGUUAAUAUCCACGGCACUAGCUACAUACCAAGUUCGAAAUGUGGCGUGAGCGUUAGUUGUAACGGCCCAUAUUCGGAACUCGCCGUAUUCGACACGUUCAAGUCUUGUGGAACAAUUCUUUACCUUAAGACAGAAGGUCAGCCGGGAAACGAGAUUUGCGUGAUGGAGUUUGAGAAGCAAACUUCCGCGCAAGCCGCUCUAAAGAUAACUUACCUGCACAACGGAAAUCGUUGCAAAGCGAAACCCCAUGUCUUCACAUCUUAGGUAAGUUAUGGCAUUCAAUCAACGAUGUAUGCAAACUAAAUUUCAAACUCCUCCAUCUUCUGGUUGAAUCUACAUCGACAACCUUCAGUGUAAGAUAUUGAGGAUAAGCAUUAGUGAGGCGGUUAUCAUACAGAGUAAGAUCUUACCACCCGGUAACGCGGCACACGUAUCUCGGCGCCCUACAGUCAAUGAAAAUUGUGCAAAAACUGUCAAAUUAAACGGAAUACGUACUCGAUGAACAAACAUUUUCAAUACAAUUUAGCAGAUUUUCAUCAUUGUCCAUAGACUGUAGACCGCCUGGUAUGAAGUGCUUCAAAUUAAUUCAGGCAUAGCCAAGCUAUAGGGUCAUAGGUCUCUUGGUGUUAAACGAUUAGAAUAGCUAAGGAAUGUUUAUAGCUGUAGUGUUGUCCAGAUUUAAUCACAUGCAUAAAAUUACUCUGAACGGUAUAAACCCCCUAAGAGGCAAUGAUGAUUGAAACAUCAGAAUUUUCAACAACUAUCAAGUGCUGCAGACAGUGAAAUAGCCGCAGUCAAACAUACGAGAUGACAUCUGAUUAUUUGAGCUUGAACAUAGUUCAAUUAAUCAAAAAACAAAAUUUAAUAAUAAGCGGCAACAACCAGACAAGUGUUGCAACAUCUAGCACAAGUUAAACAUCUAUUUUAUAGUCUAUUUUUAAGUAGCAUAGUAUGAAAACUUAACGUAAGGACAGAGCAGUUAGUUGACGUGAAUUCAAUUUUCUUCUUUUCAACUGUAAAAAUUUCAGUUAAAUAAAUGACUUAUUUUUCUUUAGUAUCUCUUGCGUUAAAUUUGCAAAUCAUGCAGUACAGAUCAGCAUAUGAUUAGCAUACUUUAAAAUAAAAUAAACGAAGCUAGAACAACACUCGCGACAUGUUAUUGUUUGGUAAGUAUGAAAGUGGGAGUGAAAAUUAGUCAGUGUAAAUAGUUUUAAAAAAAAUACUAACGCUAAGCUCAAGGUUGGGAUCAUCAGUAAAGUCGGAUUUAUAAAAAAGGAGCGCGCCUGGCGACAAUCAACUCAUCUCGCAACAACUAUCUGUUGGAACGCCGUACUGGAAAUAGACUAAAUGUUAGUUUGUA